AUGCCAGUGAGCAGCCGUGCUAGCCGUUCCGAGGUGAAAGGCAAAGGUGCUUGGAAGAAAUGGACCCCAGAUGCCAUUUUAAGGGCAGGCUUCUCGCCGGGUAGUAUGAGUGCACGCGAUGCUGCCAGUCAGGUGGACGGUGCAAGUGCUGCAUCUACUUUGGCUGCCAGGUUGUUCGUCGCAGAGUGCAUCGAGGAGGGACAGAGCCAGCAUAGUUCGCAGAGUCUUCAUCGGCUGCAGCAUCUGUGCACAGGUGCCCCCCUAGAUUUCGCAUUGAUCAACCUCAUGUUCGACGAGACAGAGCUUGAACUAAAUAUGGGGGUUCAUGGAGAAGCAGCCUGGUCAGUGCUAGCAUCCCAUGGUCAGAUUACAUAUUGUGGUCGUGGUGAAGUUAUUGAUAUGGACGCUGUUCGUGCACCUUGUGUUUUGCCAACCAAGAAAGCUGUUACCAUGUGGCCGGUCUUGUCUGCAGGCCCUGCUGGCCUGUGGCCGGGUGUGACAUCCGUGAAUGCAAAGUUUCGUGCUGUACUUGUGACAUGCGAUGCAGGCCCUGCUAACCUGAAGCUGCUGAGGCACUUGUGCGCGCUGCUUCCUCCAGAUGUUGCUGUCGUUUGUACAUUGUGCGCACAGCAUCGCAACGGAAACGUGAUUGAGCGUGUUACAAAGCUACUAGGCAUUCUGCCGGGUUGUUUCGCAAUAGCCAAGUCCAUGAGGCAGGGAUCCUGGAUGCGUACGAUUGGGCAGAAGGUACAGGCAGUAUUAGCCUCAGGUCCCUCGAGGCUUGUCAUCUUGCAAGAGGAGCCAGAGGGAUUGGAGGAGGAGUGGGCUCGUGCCCGCGUUGCCGUCAGAGCUUUGCUAAAGCUUGUCGCCUUGAACUUGCCGCAAGGUGAAGACGAGCAGCCAGCGCAGGGCUUCGCAACGGCCGUGGACGAGUUCAUGAAGUUGAAGGAGCGAUGUCCAUUUGUGGUGGUAGGUAGGAUGCACGUCAUGACUCCGUUCGCGGCACUUCGACAGUGCCUCGUGUCGGAGGCCUAUGGCGGUGUUCGAGCUGCUCGCCAGGCACGAGACGCGUACAAUGACAGGCACCCGAUGAGCCUUGUCUUCGACAUGGCGGCAUUCUCGCCGGGUUGUGGUGGGAAAUUGUGGCUGGGCGGCGAAGCUGCAGCGUCUAACCUGCAGCUUUUGCGCAAGAACAAGAUCACGUAUUUGGCGCCGGCAGCCAGCAAGCCAUGCAGCGCACAGAGCAUGGACAUCAAGCAGUUGACAGUGGUCGAUGGCACAGGGCUCGCGAACAAUGACAUCCCCUUCGAGAAGAUCAUGACCGUGGUCGACCAAAUUGUCGAGGCCCUUGUGGCGGGUCACAGUGUGCUGAUAUAUUGCCGCAAUGGCGCACACCGCUCGGCAACACUUUGCAGCGUGGUGCUUCUUCGCAUGCUUAGCGAUGCCAGGCCGAAUGACAUUCAUGUGUUCCUGAACUCAGCCCGCAACAUAGUGGACCUCGAGUCGCGCGCACCACCCACGAAGUACCGCCAGGUGAGCACACGGCCCAUCGACGCGCUUGCUGGGCUCUCAGAGCGGGUGAGGGCAGUGGCUCUUCCAGCCGGGUUUGUGCCACUCGAUCAUGCCAACGAGCUGCUCACACCCAUUGGCUUCAGGCGUCGAUGCUUGGAGCUCGGCUUCAGUCCAACUAAAGAUGAUGGCAAGCCCCUGGAGUCUGGCGCGAGCUCCGCAGGGGAAGGCACCACGACGUCCGAGACGAAGAGGCGAAAGAAGUUCCUCGUUGCAGUUGGUGAAGACACAUCAGCCGUUGAGAGCUUCGAAAUGGUCAGCGAAAACAACCCCGACUCUGACUACCACCGCUCAGAGGAUGGCUAUGGUUCUAGUACGAGCUAUGUGAGACUACAGAACCUUGAUGAGAUGGCAUCCGACUCAGACCUCUUCGCUUUUGUGAACGAUGAGCUUGAAGAUCCCGCCACUCGCCGCGAGAAGAUUCGCAUGCUCAUGCAAGAGCUCCGCAACUUGGAUGCAAAGCUCAUGGGCAACCCCGUUGGAUCGCCAGAUGCCCUCGGGGCGGGUGAUGGUGGGACGGGCUCAGGAGAAGAAGAAGAAGAAGAGGUGGUGGAAGUAGAAGUGGACUACGACCCUGACGACUAUGAGGAGGAGGAGGGCGAGCCCGCAGAGGAACCGAUCAUGGUCGAGGAUGACUUGGAGGAUAUCAUGAAGAAUGUGGCCGAAACUGCGUCCGGGGAAAUCCUGCAGCGGUUCGUCAUCUUGAUGCAAGAGCAGCGACUACAGGCUCAGGCUGCUUUGGCCAGGGAGAGCGAGAAGGCUAUGACCCAGGCCUUUGCGAACCAGGUCAUGUGCACGCUGCUGGGUGCGGCGCCUCUGGACACCCUGAGGCUCCUGGACGAUGUUUCGCCUGCCAAUAUCCUCACUAUCUCCGACCACAACGGCUUGACCCUGCUGCACCAUGCGUGCAGAUUGGGGCUUCCAGCCGUCGUCGAGCGCGUGAUCCAGAUUAAUCGCCACUUGGCGGAUGUGACCACGAGGCCCGAUGGAAAGCCACCGCAUUGGACGGCGCUCAUGGUGAUAUGUGAUAAGUGGUGUGACACAGACCCGUUCCGCCACUGUUUGUGGGCACUACAGGGGGCCUUGACGCCGGCGUCCUACUCCAUCCGGUCCACCAAUGGCCAGACACCCUUUCAUGUGGCAGCCAGCCGAGGUCAGUGGUGGCUGACCAAAAGGUUGUGUUGGGGCCUUUAUGCGUCGGCCGGGUCGGACCAGCAGGCCUGGGCCAUGGUCGAGAGCAUGAUAAACUCUCCGGGUGGUGGGCGUUCCGCCGGCGUUGUGGACCACGCAUUUCGCGCCAACACCGGCUUGGCUUUGUGGCUUCAGAAGUAUUGGGGGGGCCGUCCCCUUUUGGCCCCGCCUAGGUCUGACCAGCGUGGCUACGCCUAUGCACCGCGCAAGUAG